CAAGUAUUGGCUUUCAGGUACUGUCUGGAAAAUCAGGAAGAUCUGGUUCGACUGGCCUAUAUACCAUUAGGCUGGCAACGGACGGUGGGCGAUAAUAUAAUAUAUAUUAUAGUCGUACAAUACGCUAUAAUAUUAUAUUAUGACUGCAACGGACUACAGAAUAUAUAUUUUCAUAUCUUUCUAGCAGUGUUGCCGAACCUACCGAUUUUUCAGCAUUUCUGUGCGUAGGCUGAUCUGUGGUGUACACCGUGUAUUUAAUUAACAAGGUAUCCCCCAUAUGUUAAUCUGCCGCUCUUGAGUAAAUCCUAAAAUCCCCUCUUGGGCUUCCCUACUAUUAGCUUUCAAACUACCUAUGUAUAUGAAAACAAAUAUUUACAAGUUCAUACCGUCGGAUAUAUCUCAAUCAGCGAUGAUACUCCUCCAAGCUGCUUCUCUAAUCUCAUAUUAUUUUCAUACUCGUUCGAGUCUACCUUCCAUAAAGAUGGAUGUUUUCUUACACUAUCAAUAAAAUACUCCAUUUUGUCUAUUGCGAAUUCCGAAGUGCAAAAACAAAAAUAAAAUAGCAACAUCGCGCCAAGCCGGCUGCCAGCAAGAGCGGUGCGUAGGCAUUUACGGUGACGCGACGCAAGAGGGGAACAGCUAUAGCGCUAUACAGCACAGAAUAUCGCUCGGUAAGCAUAUCCCGCCAGAUACGUAAUAUAUCGCUGGGAUGUAAAUAUAUCUUAUAGCGUUCGUGCGUGGCGUCUCAAUAGGUUUACACAUGGAGCGAUAUUUCUGUAAUAUGCAGGAUAUAAUAUAUCAUCGCUCACCGUCCGUUGCCAGCUUAAUUCACUGGUUUGCGCCUCGGUUCUCCCUUCUACAAGGGAUGAUUCCGAUGCAAAGAUCGUCGCCGGCCGAUCGCCGAUACGCCAAGAAACAAUGCGUGGGAAUCACCCUCGUCUGCGCUAUGCGAUCACGGUACGGACUGGAUACCACUGGCAACAUCCAAGGGUCCAACUGAACACGCCAUGUGAUUUUUCUGGUCCAUUUUGCAUUCAUGUCUGUAGCUUCUAUGGGAUUCUGGAGUUCUACAUCUUAUUUGUUUUAUAAUUCUAUACUGAUUUUCCUUCUUAUUUGGAGUAUACACCAGGAACAAAGUCAUGAACCUGUUCAACUGGCAAUUGUGGUAAAUGGCACCUCAAUAAUAUUGGAUAUCCUUCUACUUGUUAUGGGUUUUCCUGAAAGCUAUAGUGCAAGGGAGAGAUUUUCUUCAGCAAUGGCAAUAUUACACUUACUUGUGCGUCCUAUGAGUACAAUAUUACUGAUCAAAAAUUUAGAGGAACGCAGUGGGUCAACAGGUGUACUAACAGGUAUUCUCUCAGGCCGCUCAGAAACUUAUGAAGAUAUUGAUAGAAUGAACCAAGGAGCAACAUUACCUCAAUCUUCUAAUAGUGCUUUUGCUACAGCUCAGCAAAUUUAAUUAGCAAUCAUAAAUGAUCUGAGAUAACUAUAUGCAUAAUAUAAAACAUAAAUACAUACUGCAAAGAAUAGUAGCCUCAGUUGAUUAGAUAUGUGUAUGGUUGAGCCAGUUUUAUGUGAAAUUGAGCAAAGAAAUAUUCUUCUAGCAAAAGAAAACUGAGAUAUUAAAUUGAGCUAUGAUAUGAUAAAAAGUUUUUAGUAUUUGAAUAGAUAGCUUGGUACCAUACCAUAUUGUCAUGAAAAAAAGGAAUAUCUUGUUUUCCCAUUUUUUAAUCUACACAUUUUAUAAUCUUUAGUUUUUUUAAAGAGCUUAUUUUCUUUAAGCAGUUAUGUAUUUUUUAUGAUUUCAUCACAUUCAGAUUACAUAAGCUCAACAAAUUAAUGUGCAGAUAAGCAUCAUGUUAUUUCACUUAAAAUUUUCAUUAGACUGCCUAACCAUUCACUGUAAACAUUUUAUAUACAUUCAUGAUGCUGAUAAACAAAAGUGAUGUAACUCUAAUGAAAUGGCUGUCAUAUACAUGAUCUACAUACUUUUUAGGAUAAAUUACUGCCAAAUAGCUAAUACCAAUAAUUUCAGGUUCUGAAUUUGUAUAUUUCUAUGUAUAAAAAUUUAUUCUAGGCCAAUAUACUUCAUGCAGUUUGUCUGCUUAUUAUAUAGAUUUUUGCGUUAAAAUAAAAGACAGCUUAGUUCUGUGAUAAAAAAUUAUUUAUGUAGUUUUUUUGCAACAUACAGAUAUGCUGAUUCAAACAUAUUCGCGACUGUGAUGGUUUUAGCACAUCUGGUGUAUUUUAUCUAACAACUGCUAAAUAGAUACUGGUAAUACUGCAUUACAACUUCAUGAUUUUUAAUCUGUUUUGUAUAUAUUAUUUUUGAUUGGCUGAUUCUUUAAUUGUUAACCCUUUGUACUUUCAUAUUGUAACAUUUGUGUCAUAUAGCUUUAUCGAAAAUAAUAUCAAUAAACUGUAAU